GACAACAGCAAAAAUAAACAAGUACAGCGAUAGUUUUUUGGAAAUCGUGGAAAAAUGUUUAAAAUAAAUUAUUAUAGUUUCUUAUUAAGUAAAACUUGUCCUCGUUUUCUACUAGUUAAACCAGUUAACACGUUCACUAAUUAUAAUCACCUCAAGUUAUCUAGUUCGACAAUACCGGGAUUUACUUUCAAAAAGAAGCAGCAUGAUAAAGAAACGAUUGAUAAUAAUUACAAUAAUGCUGGAUCUUGGGGCCAUAGAGUUACUCCAGUCCCAAAAGAAACUGAGGAGCAACAUUUAGUGAGAGUUAGGAACGAUCCUGAUACAUUUGGAGAGCAAUAUGAACAAGAAAUAGUCGAUGAAGGUGACAUACGUGAAGAAAAACAUCUCAGUGAAAAACCCCCUUCUCAUCAAAGACUUCGCACCAAACAGUACGCAGAUAUAAUUAAAAACUACAUAAGAAAACGUAAAAUAAAAGAAGCAAUUGAUGUAUUAGAAAUCAGAAUGAUACAGGAAGACAAAAUUAAACCUGAAGCAUACAUUUACAAUUUGGUUCUAGGUGCAUGUGGUAGAGUGGGAUACACAAAGAAAGCAUUCAUGCUUUAUAACGACAUGAAAAAACGAGGUCUUAAAGUGAUGGGAGGCACGUACACAGCAUUAUUCAAUGCUUGCGCUAACAGUCCAUGGCCCACAACCGAUGGUUUAACCAGAGCCAAGCAUUUAUACGAACUGAUGCUAGAAAAAGGAUAUCAGCCCAACGACACAAACUACAAUGCGAUGAUCAAAGCAUUCGGCCGUUGUGGAGAUAUCUCUAUGAGUUUCAAGUUAGUAGAUCAAAUGUUUAAACAAGGAAUCUCAGUUAAAUCAGAGACAAUAAAUUUUUUACUCCAGGCCUGUAUUUCGGACAAAGAAGCUGGUUUUAGACAUUCUCUUCUGGUAUGGAGGAAAUUAAUAGAGAAAAACAUCAAUCCAGACCUGUAUACUUUUAAUUUACUGUUAAGAUGCGUUAGAGACUGUGGUCUGGGUGAUCUGGAAGUUACCAAGGAUGUUAUUGAGAGAAUAGUUCAAAAUAAUGGAGGUGCCUUGUUUUUGGAAUCAUCUGAGGCUUUGCAGAUUGAUAUUACAUCAGAACAAAGUGAUAUUACAUCAAGAGCAAAUAUUACAUCGAGCAAAAAUGGUAGUAUAUCAGAAAAUGAUGGUACUUCGGGUCAAAAUGAUAUUACAUCAGGAAAAAAUGAUAAUAUACCGGGAGAAUUACAAUUUUUGAAUACCAGGCCUGAUCUGUUAGCUCCAAAACCCCAUUUAGGUAAUAUCUUGUCCCUUUCUGAGGUGAAGGCUUCAGAGGAUCGCCUGUUGUUACUGGGCGGUUGUAAAGGGUUCCUUCAAACUAUGACAUCGUUUAAAUGCACUCCAGAUAUAAAAACGUUUACUCAGCUGCUUGAUUCAAUCCCCAGCACCAACGCAGCUGAGAAAGAACUAGUGCAAUGUAUGAGAAAACUAUCGGUCAAGCCUGACAUUGAUUUUUACAAUAUGCUCAUUAAAAAGAAGAGUAUGAGGUGUGAUUAUGAGGGCGCGAAAGAGGUUCUUUUAUCGAUGAAAAAUCAGAAAUAUCGUCCUGAUCUUGUCACUUACGGUGUGUUGGCUCUGGGAUGCAAAAAUAAAGAUGAAGCCUUGGAUUUGAUCAGGGAAAUGAAUUCUUAUAGCUAUACCUUAAAUUCUGUAAUAUUAGGAGCAAUGUUGCACCAAGCUUGUUACCACGAGACCUACGAUUAUAUUUUUGAAAUUAUGGAAAUCUGUCUCAGACAAAGCAUCCCCGUUAGUAAAAAAUUCCUGGAGCGUUUGGACGAAUUUAGGAAGAGAUGCAAAACAAAACUGGACUCGGAAAAAAUGAAACCUCGCGAAAUGGAACUGUUCAAAAUUUUUAAAAUGAGACACAAGACUUGGUUGACUGAGGUUCAGAUCGACGAGAGUGAAGAUGCCCAUCCCUGGCAGCAGUUUAGACAGGGUCUUCCUGAAGAUGCUCACGAGACAACUGGAGUCAAAGAUACAGCAAGGUUCAAGCCAAGACAUGCUUCGCGUUUUAAGGUGAAGACCUCGACAAAAGAAGAUUUUAAAAAAGCCAAAAAAGCCAUAAGAAAAUAAAAAAUAGUUUAUUUUUAGAGAAAUAAAAAAAGUUUUUUACUACUAUAAUAUUAUAUCUGUGAUAUUUGUAAAUAAAGCAUUUUUAAAAAU